AUGAGACUAUAUCUUAACCAAAGACCGAGGACUUUUAUUCUCACUAGCAAUGGGUACGCCUUAGUGAUAAGACAUCCCAACCCCACGUACAAGGAAGAUGGUAAUGGAGGGAAGAAAGUGGAGGAGGUUCCCGCUGUUAUAGUGGAGUUUUGUAAUACGGAAAUCUUGAAUUUGGCCAACUAUAAAGAGAUUGUCCCCAGUCGUCGAAAUGGACAAAUGCUUGGGUUUUUAGGGUUUUUACUGAUCAAAAAUAAUAUUUUACUAGGUUUUAUCACUGGUGAUGAAACCAUAGCGUCUCCCACAUUACACGACACCGUUCAUCGAAUCACGGGUGUUGAGUUUUUUUGUGUACAACUGGAUGCCUUUGACCAGUUUGUAACGUUCCAAGAAUAUAACAAUAAUAACGGGAGACAUAUUGGAAGACCGAAUGCCCCAGACGAAUACCUAGAUCAGGGGGAGUCUCUAGCUCAUUCCGUAAAGAAACUCAUAUCUCUGGGAGAUUUUUUCUAUUCUCCUUCGUUUGAUAUCACCCUGACAAUGCAGGAAAGAGGGUAUCAGGCCAAUCCCUUGUUUAAACUACGGGCAGAUGGACCUUAUUGUAAACGGUUUAUGUGGAAUAGAUAUAUGACAUUGGAGUUGAUAGAUUUCAGAAAGAAACUUCCUCCAAUAGAACAGGAAAUGUUUGAUACAGGAGGGUUUAUUACUCCAAUAUCAAGAGGAUAUGCUCAAACUUUGAAUUCAGUUAUUAAUAAUGAAGAUGCAUUGAUUACCAUGAUCUCAAAGCAAGCAUGCUUGAAAAGUGGUCAUUUAUUUGGAGAAUGGGGUAUAGAUGAUCAAGGUGAAGUAGCAAAUUAUAUGGAGACAGAAAUCAUCAUCUAUACCCAUAAAUUUUGUUUUGCAUAUGUUGUUGUACGAGGAAAUGUGCCUAUUUUCUAUGAAACGGAAACUCAUUUCAGUAAGCGGAAUAUUCUUAUCGCUGUAUCCAAGUCUAGCAAGAAGAUGAGGUUCCCCAGAUCUUUCGAAACUUCUCAACUUGCACUUGGUCGACAUUUUGAUGGGUUGGCUUAUAAUUUUGGUGAUAUUGCUGUGGUCAAUGGGUUAACUUCGGAUGAAUCUUCGUACAAGAGCCAAUUAAGCAAAAAAUAUAAAGAACAUCUUGAGAAGUUUAUUGCAUUAAAGAAUGAUGCUGGGAAUUAUCGACUAUUUGAAAUAGAUCUACAUGUUAGCAAAGCAUUUGUUAAGAAAGUUGGUUUCACAUCUGUCAAUCCACAUAACAUUAUCUCCAUAAUAAAUGAUAGAGUAGUGGAUUUUGGAGCGUAUUUCUAUGGGAUAUCAGAUAAUACUUUCACAGGAAGACAAUUGGGAGUUUUCAGAGUGAAUUCCUUUGACAACUUACAUAAAGCAAGUUUUAUAUCCAAAGUGAUUUGUCAAAGAGUAAUUGAAUUGGCCAUAGAGGAUAUGGGGAUCACCUUGGAAUCAAAUACAGAGAUUAUUGCACAUCAUGCAAAAUUAUGGGAAGAAAAUGAUUAUCAAAUCACAAGGUUAACCACUAGUUAUAUUACUAAUUUUGGUAAAUUGGCAGUUCAUGCGGUUAAUAAUACUGUCAAAUCUCAUUUUUCAGCAAAAUAUCUUAGUGGAGUGGUUCCAGAUAACAAGGGGAAUGAUACUGCUAUGUUAAAGAUGCUAGGAAGGAAAUCAGAUCAAGUAAGUGUGACGUUAUUCAGUCCAAUUCUUGAUUUAUUACAAGAAAUAGAUAGAAGGAAUACCGCAGCCAAAGUUGAUGAUGCAAAUACUGAGAGUGUUCUUCCUACCCAACAGAUCAAGUUAUUUGCUGGAACAUUUAACGUUAGUGGGAAAUGUCCUACCACCAGCAUAACUGAAUGGAUAUAUCCAACUAACACUGAAGGGGAAGUAUCAUAUGAUAUUGUAUUUAUUGGGAUUCAAGAAGUUGUUGAGUUAACCACAGGGCAAAUCCCAUCUCGUGAUGUUGGGAAGGCUAGGUUUUGGGAGAAUAAGAUCAAAAGUACAUUAGAUGAAAACCCAUUGGGAAUUAAAUAUGUGAGUUUAUGGGUGGGUAUGCUUGGAACCACUGCUCUUUUCCUUUUCGUGAAGGAAUCACAAGUGGAUAAAAUACGUGGAGUUGAAGGUAAUGUUAAGAAAACAGGAUUAGGAGGGAUGGCAGCUAAUAAAGGUGGAGUAGCUGUCAGUUUUUGUUUCAAUGAUACUCUGAUAUGUUUAGUUUCAUGUCAUUUGGCUGCUGGGUUAAGCAAUAUAGAUGAAAGACAUCAGAAUUAUAAGACAUUGGUUAAAGGGUUUAGAUUUCUGAAGAAUAGAUCAGCCAAAGAUCAUGAUGCGGUGAUUUGGUUAGGAGAUUUCAAUUAUAGAAUCGGAUUACCCAAUGAACAAGUGAAACCUUUAAUAGAAAGGAAACAAUAUUCCCGAUUAUUUGAGUUUGAUCAAUUACAUAUGCAAAUGGCCAAUGGAAUCACAUUCCCAUUCUAUGAUGAGAUGGAAAUCACCUUUCCUCCAACGUAUAAGUUUGACUUAGACAGUGACAUUUAUGAUACCAGUGAGAAGCAAAGAAUCCCAGCAUGGACCGAUCGGAUUUUAAGUUUAUCCAAGGGGAAGGUGUUAACUCCGAAGGUUUAUAAUAGUUGUCCUACCGUCAAGUUUUCAGAUCAUCGUCCAGUUUAUGGGAUUUUUGAAGUGAGUGUCCAUUCGUUGAGUGCGUCCAAUAAUAAGAGUAACUUGGCUUUAGACCGAGUAAGUGGGAUUGAUCUUAAUACCACGAUCUUCAAGAAGGAUGACUUAUCCUAUUUGGUGUUUAAUGAUAACGAUAAGGCAUUACCACCUCCCAGCACCGAUUCCAGGAAAUGGUGGCUUGAUGGGAAUAAAUCCGUUAAGAUGAGCAUAAAGGAGUUGAAUGAUAACGACAAUGAAUUGGUUCAUGAUCCACUUGUGGUGAAUCCAUUCUUACCCAUUAACCCAUUUGAACAAACAGAUAAACCAGAGUUUAUAAAGAAGAGUACUUUAUUAGAGAUGAUUAGAUAA